AUGUCGAAGUAUAUUGGUAAAACAGCACUUGGAUUUGCUAGAACUUGGCACCAUAUUGAUGUUGCCCGAGAUCCCCGCCCGCUCGGUCGUUUAGCCACUGCUAUUGCAACCGCGUUGAUAGGCAAACACAAACCUGUUUAUUAUCCUGGCUCGGACUGCGGAGACUACGUUGUGGCGACAAACUGUCAGUUUAUUUAUGCUACUGGUAAAAAGGACCAAUUUAAGCUGUACCGGCGGCAUAGCGGCCGGCCUGGUAAUCUUCACGAAACGACGCUGGCUGAUCUGAAAAACCGCAAAGGUGGCGGUGAAGUUCUUCGCAGAGCCGUUUCUGGUAUGCUUCCCAAGAACCAGCUUCGCCAGCGUCGUCUUGAGCGGUUACGGACGGUGGAAGAUGGCAACAAUCCCUGGGCACAGAACAUCACCGCUUUCCACGACGAGGCGGUUAAGAGCGAGUCCCAAACAGCUUGA